AUGGGCAGGAAGACUAAGUCCAAAGUACCUCAAGGUAAAUUAGAUUUAUCUGGGGAAAUACUUAGUAAUGAAUCUAGGAAAGUUGCAGAUUAUGAUUAUGACCUAUUACAAAAUGGUAAUCCUGAUAAACAAUUUGAAAAUGAUCUAGAUUAUCUACUCGAGUCUGUAGAUAGCAAAUCAACGUGUGAUUUAGAUUCUAAGGAGCUUGUGCUGACUGAAUUGGCUAUUUAUGAAGAGCAAAUCUUGAACGAUAUACCAGUGCUGAGAGGCCGAAGAGCUAAUAAAUUCAAGAUAACGUUAAAUGAUAUUACCAAAGAUAUGAACGAUAUAAAAUUUUCUUCGGAAAGCGAAAAUGAAAUACCGACUGAGAUAAUCAAAGCGAAGAAGAAGAAAACCAAAACCAAAGCCAAAGCUAAAACCAAACCUGAUUUGGAUAUUGAAAAAUCAGAGCAACAAGCUAUAGAAGAUAUUCCAGAUGAGAAAGAAAACCAUAUUUCUGAAUCUGAAGAAAUAAAGCAGAGACGUAAAGAAAAGAGACAGAGAAAGGAUCAGAGACGGAAAUUAAGAAAAGCGCAACUGCAAGAAUCUACUAGCGAUACUUCUGUUCAGCAAGAUUCUAAUAAUGAUAUGCCUGGACACUCAGAGUCACUGAAAGAUAAGAUUGAGAAAAUAUCCUUGCAUGGUUCGUCAAAUCAGAAAAUGCAAAGAAAGCCAAGGAAAGAUAAGAAAGACAAGAAGGAAAAGCCCAAAUCCAAUGGUACCAAAAACAUAGGAGAAAUAGAACCAAAGGAAUAUGAUGGGCCUGAAACAAUUGAAUUAACCGAAGAAGAGAUCGCUGAAGCAUUGGAUAAAGAAGAAGAACAAGAAGAACAAGAAAUAGAUGCAGCUUUGAAUAAAAUUCUCAAGAAAUCUAAGAGGAAAGAUCGCAAAAAGAAGAAGAGGGCUGGGGACGAAAUUUCAAGUAAGGAGAUUUCUUAUGAUUCAACGGUAUUAGUUAGCAAGAAUGACGAGUUGGUCACGCUUGAUGAAUUAAAAAAUCAGAAAGUUGUCGACCAAGAAUAUUCUAUUUAUGAUGAAGAAGCAAAUCUAACCCGUAAGCAAAGAGAUAAAUUGCAUCGCGAGAGACUGUCUGAAGUAGCGCCUAAAGAGCUGGAAGAGAAACCUGGCCUGUUCGAUGUCACACUUAAAUCAACAAAGAAAACUAAUACAAAUAAGAAAUAUUCUGAUUCUUUACCUGCCGCACAGUGUAUAAAAACGAUCAUCGGUCUUUCACAUCAACAAAUUUUAUCUCUUUCUUUAUCAGAUGUUAAAAUCAAAACAAUUGUUUCGUCGUCUUCGAUUUCGAAGUUUGCACAUCAUGUAUUAAAAUUUGUUAUAAAGUAUUCGCAUGAUCUAUUUAGUGAUGAAGAAAAGAAGCCAAUAUUUUUUAAAUUGUGCAUGAAUGUUGCGUUAUACGAAUCGUCUGGGUUUAAGAAGACCGUUCAGUCAUGUCCACAUGUACUUGAGUGGUUCGGUCAUUACGAUGAAUUAACCUUGGAACAAACACACACCAAGUUAACUCCUUCUACUCGAAAUAUUCAUCAAAAUAACUUUGAUUACUCAGUGUUGGCUUAUAUCGGACAUGUGUUAAUCUGGGCAGCGUAUCAGCAACGUCUGAGUCGUAUUCCUACCUUUUUUAGCAAGUAUAAUAUAGAAUUGUCUGUCUCUGAAAUAGAAAAGAGCAUCGGUGGUUUCCACCUAUGGGAUCGUUUGAGAAAGAUGCAUGAUACAAUGAAUUCAAAGAGAUGGAAGCAUGUUGUAAAAUUUAGACAAGCAUUUGCACACGAAGAAGAUCAAUUCAUGUUAAUUUUAAGAUUUAUGGAUGUUGACAGUACCAUACCUUGA